AUUGUUAACUCAGCUGGGAGGAUUUACAACGUUUUUUAAUAAAAUUUCAUAAUUUUCUUUAAGAUUUAAUAGAUUUUGUUAAAAAAAAUGAAUGUAACCAAACAUUAUUUUAAGUUAUUUAAUAAUAUUAGGUCUUUAAACUUUAAAUAUGCCACCAAUUUAAGAUUUGUUGGUAAUACAGCGAAUACACUGACUGAAAGUUCUCAGGAGGGUACCACACAUUUUGGUUUCCAAACCGUCAAAGAGGAAGAAAAACAACAAAAGGUGCACAAAGUUUUUGAGGAUGUGGCCAAAUCCUAUGACCUAAUGAACGAUGCCAUGUCUAUGGGUAUUCAUCGCGUAUGGAAAGAUAUGUUUAUUGAGAGAUUGGGACCCACACCUGGUACGCGCUUGCUGGACAUGGCAGGCGGUACUGGUGAUAUUUCUUUUAGAUAUUUGAAAUAUUUACAAAAUCAAGCCAAUCCCCAGGGUAAACAAAGUCAUGUUACGGUCUCAGAUAUUAAUCAACAUAUGCUAAAUGUGGGUGAGGAAAGAGCCAAACGUUUGGGUCUUACCCAAGAGAAAUUACCUAAUAUUAGCAUAGACUGGAAAUGUGCUAAUGCCGAAGAGUUGCUUUUCGACGAUAAUACCUACAAUGCCUAUACCAUAGCUUUUGGUAUAAGAAAUUGUACACAUAUAGAUAAGGUGUUACGUGAAGCUUAUCGUGUCUUACAGCCGGGAGGCCGUUUUAUGUGUUUGGAAUUUAGUCAUUUGGAAAAUGAUACCAUGCAAUGGCUGUAUGAUCAAUAUUCCUUUCAGGUCAUACCACCCAUGGGUCAAAUAUUAGCCGGUCAAUGGCAGCCCUAUCAGUAUUUGGUAGAAAGUAUACGUAAAUUUCCCAAACAAGAAGACUUCAAACGUAUGAUUGAAGAGGCCGGUUUCGAAAUGGUUCGUUAUGAAAAUUUAACCUUUGGUGUGGUCAGCAUACAUUCGGGUUUUAAGUUGUAAUGUUAUUAUUUUUUGUUGUUGUUUAAAAUUUAGUAUUUUAUUAGAAUUUUUAUUGUAUUUAAAAAGGGUUUUAAUAAAAAAAAUAUAUUUUCAAUUUUAUUUCACAAAGUA